AUGAUCCGUCAGAUCCUUCGCUGUGCACGCCCGAGUUCUGGGCUCCGACCUUUUGUUAUCCGUCGGUUUCAGUCCACAACCUCAUCAUCAUCUUCUUCCUCCGGGUUUUCUCUCAAAGGAAACCCUUGGGUCCCUUAUAUUCUGUUACUUUCCGUCGUCUCUUCGGCUGUACUUAAAGUAAUGGCUGUUCAACAAGAUAUGCGUGUACUUGAGGAACGCACAGCAGCUCGUCGGUCAGUUCUUGAAGACGUUUUGGCUCGGUUGGAUCAGCACGAGCGUGAUAUUGCAGAAGGCAAAAUUGCUCCAGGAUCCCAGGGUUUUGACGUUGCAAAGGAAAUCCAACAACUUAUAGAGAAAAAGGACUUGGAUAAAACUCUUGAAGAAAUUCUUACCGAAAUGGAAUCAGCAGAAGACGAGUGGAUCGAUACAACACCGGUCCAGGUCACUGCGGCUGUGGCUCCAGAGCAGGCCCCGGAGCAGGCCCCGGAUCUUACCCCUCAACCUAUACAACCUGUCCAGCAAGUUCCCAAACCCUCGACGUCCAAGUUUUUGUAA